AUUACAAUCGCCCCUCUAACUGAUUGCAGCGCCUCUAACUGUUCUUUAUACCAGUUUUCUCGACUAGCGAACUACUCCAGUGCCGACGAUUUUCUAUAACAGUUGACACCCCUCCCCCUGGUUCCGACCAAAAUGACACGGUCAAAGAUAGAACUUGGAGAUGUAACACCUCACAACAUAAAACAGCUUAAGCUUCUGAACCAAGUUGUUUUCCCAGUAUCCUACAAUGAAAAGUUUUAUAAGGAUGUGUUGGAAGCUGGAGAACUUGCUAAGUUGGCAUAUUACAAUGACAUUGUGGUUGGAGCAGUUUGUUGCCGCGUCGAUACAUCAGAGAAUUCUCGACGCUUAUAUAUAAUGACUCUGGGUUGUUUGUAUCCAUACAGAAGAUUAGGAAUAGGGACUGUUAUGGUACAGCAUGUUUUAAACUAUGUUAAUAAGGAUGGCAACUUCGACUCUAUAUUCCUUCAUGUUCAAGUAAAUAAUGAAGGGGCAAUAGACUUCUAUAAGAAAUUUGGCUUUGAGAUCGUUGAGACAAAGGAGCAUUAUUACAAGAGAAUUGAGCCAGCUGAUGCACAUGUUUUGCAGAAGACACUUCGCCCACCAAGAAAUGCAAACAUCAGGCGAACAGUCAGUGAAUAAUUUCAUCUAUCAUUAUAUUUGUUCUCAUCUCUAGUGUAUUCUCUCACUGUAUUCUGUUAUCUGCUGUACAAACUGUCAAUAAAAGUAUACUCUUAUUA